UUAUCUCUCUCUCUCUCUCUCUCUCUCUCUCUCUCGAUCCACAUUUACUAACACAAAACAAGAAAAUCUAUGACGGUUUAAAUUCGUUGUCGCAGAAAGCAAAACAGGAGAGAAGAUGAGCUACCAGAGAGCUCCUCACGACCCUUACCCUCCACCAGGGUACCCAUCUGCUCCCCCUCCGCCGCCGGGUUACCCUUCGGCUCCGCCGUUCGAAGCCUAUCCGUACCCUCCGCCCCCGGGGCCGCCGCCGCCGCCUCGACCGCCCUUCGAGGGGUAUCAGGGGUAUUUCGCCGGAGCGUAUCCUCCUCCGCCGCCGCAGCCGCAGCUGCCUCAUUACCACCAUCACCACUAUGAUCAUAGCCACUGUAAUGAUCAGCCGGGCUGUGCUUCCUUUUUGCGGGGCUGGAGAAUAGGAAAGGAAUUGUUAACUGUGCCCUUUUCUGUGUUGUCCAGCCUUGCUGCGCUCUGCUGCUGCUGCAUGAUGGAGGAAUGCUGCUUCUUUCUUCGCUGAAGACAGAUGAAUUACAAUGCCCGAUAUACUGGGUGGAUACUGUUUGCAGCAUUGCCCGUGAAUUGUUAAUAUUGAAGAAUGUUGUUGAAUCUGGUAUACCUUUGUUAUAGCCGUUUGCUGAGAAAGGAAUGGUGUUGAAUCUGGUGUAACUUUGUUAUAGCUGUUUGCUGAGAAAGAAAUUGUGUUCCAUGUUUAUUGAAGAUAGAGUUGUGGAGUCUGAUAGAGGGAAGCAAUAUUAAAGCAGAGAGACUCUUUACUGCUAA